AUGGAGUACACUUUGGAACAAUUAAACUAUUUUAGAGCAUGUUACAUCGCCUUCAACUUAGUUCCCCAAGGGCUUCGAAAAGUGUUCAAACAAGGGUGGGAUUUCCUCUACAAGACGACUCCGUUCGGGGAAUGGAAAGAUAUUUCCCAAAACGGCCGCGAUUUCUACAGCAAAGAAUCAGGAAAGAGUCACACAAAGAAUGCGCGACUUUUAACGACAAUACAAAGGGGAAACACGGCAGAGUGGGAUUGCAGUUGCCUGUUUUUUGGUAUUUUGUACUCGGAUUGCAUUGGCAGUACUCUUAGUCCAGCAGUCAGAAAAGAAGUUGACGAUCUCAGACAAGUUCGAAAUGAUAUCGCUCACUUGAACGAGGUUGAACUUACUGAUACUGAAUUCCAUAAUUAUGUAGCGAGAGUGUUAGCUGCUUUUAAUUCACUGAAGCUUCCAAUAAAUGAAGUUGAUGAGAUCAAAAACCAGACAGACUUUCCAACAGCUGAAGUAAAUAGCCUUAAAAUGCAGGCUGAUAAUCUUAAAGCUGAGUUGAAAACCAAAGAACAAGAAAACAAAAAUCUAACCUCGAAAUUACAAUCGACCCAAGCAACAUUACAGACAAAACAGGAAGAAGUAGAUACUCUCACUCAGGAAAUCAAUUCGAAAGUCGAGUCUUUCUGUACUCUGACAUUCAAGCCAUCACAUAAAAUUAUCAAACGAUCAAGUACUGUCACAAGAAUCAUGAAAAAACUGGACGAGCUAUACAACGAAACUAAUGGAGCUAUCAGUACCAUUUAUCUAUCAGGAAUUCCAGGCUGCGGAAAAAGCCAAUUAGCUCGACAACUGGCACAGGACAUUUUCGAUGGGAGGUUGCAUGAGAACGACAGUCUUACGUUUGUUGCAACCCUAAAUGCAGAAACCCUGGAUUCACUUGCAGAGUCCUAUUCCAGUCUGGCAAGACAUUUGGGAAUAACAGAAUACACUCUCACUAACCUCGAGACUUCUACAAAGGGGAACCCAAGAGAAAAAAUCCAGUAUCUGAAGCAAGUCAUUUAUCCAAAGACGAAGCAGUUCUCCAACUGGCUGAUAAUUGCAGAUAAUGUUGUUGACCUAUCAUUGGUUUGUAGGGAUCUGCCUCCAACCGGCAGUGAUGAAUGGGGCCAUGGUCAGGUCCUAAUAACUACUCAAGAUAGCAGCUCAAUACCCUCCAAUGCGCCACUUACUUACCAUGAGUCUCUUAGCAAAGGAAUGCAUCCCGAUGACUCCGUGAACCUCUUACGACAGGUAUCUCAGAUUCAGGAUCAGAACCAAGAUGAAAAAGUCGCUGAAGUUCUUGAGUAUCAACCACUUGCUUUAGCAGCCGCUGCCUUUUAUGUACAAACCAUUGUGGUCAGUGGUUCUCCGAACUACCACUGGAAAGACUACUUGGAAACACUUUCCCACGGCGAACGUGAAGCGACAGAAAAACUUCUUGCAAACCAGAACAUAGCGUAUUCCGAAACAACAACUACUGCUAUUCAAAUGGCAAUUAUGAGAGCUUUAGAAAGUGAUGACGUUCUUCGAGAAGCAUUGUAUUUGUUUUCUCUAUGCGCACCUGAGUCUCUUCCGAUGGAAGUUGCUGUUGACUUUGUUAAAUUACGUAUUACUGGGGAAACAGAAGAAUUGAUUAAAACUAAACUUUUCAAAGCCUCCUUAUUGUCCUGUUCACACGACAAAGACAGCUCAGAUACCUUUAUAAGGAUGCACAACAUCGUUCAUGAAGUGCUCAAGUCAAUAACAACAUCUAAAAUUGACUCAACAGACAGAGUUCAGUGCAUUUCUGAUGUUAUUAAGAUCUUUCACUCUUUAAUGGAGGAGAACAUAAAUCAGUUACAUUCAAGUAGGCAUAUUUUUGCUAAGUUACGUGUAAUUACGAGUCACUGCAAAGUAUUACACGUAAUUGUUAACACCGAUUUCACUAAAUCAAAAGUAUUCCUAACUUCAAUCAACCCUAGAAAGUUAGUUUCGUGGCUUUCUUUAGCCGCUAAUGUUUGCUGUGACCUUAGUAACCCGUCGGAUGCAUAUCGUUUUAGUACGUCAAUCUGCAAUUUUGUACAUUUUCUUAAUGAUUUCAAGGAAGACAAAUUGUUAAGAGCGAACAUAUACAGCACACAAGGAAAUGUUUACAGUGACCUUGGCCAGUACAGUGAAGCUAAAGAAUACUAUGAGAAGGCUCUCAUCAUUAGAAAAGAGAUUUACGGUGAAAAGCAUGGUGACCUAGCAGCAAGUUACAACAAUCUGGGAGCUGUUUACAGUGACCUUGGCCAGUACAGUGAAGCUAAAGAAUACUAUGAGAAGGCUCUCAUCAUUAGAAAAGAGAUUUACGGUGAAAAGCAUGGUGACCUAGCAGCAAGUUUCAACAACCUGGGAAUUGUUUACAGAGACCUUGGCCAGUACAGUGAAGCUAAAGAAUACUAUGAGAAGGCUCUCAUCAUUAGAAAAGAGAUUUACGGUGAAAAGCAUGGUGACGUAGCAGCAAGUUACAACAACCUGGGAAUUGUUUACAGAAACCUUGGCCAGUACAGUGAAGCUAAAGAAUACUAUGAGAAGGCUCUCAUCAUUAGAAAAGAGAUUUACGGUGAAAAGCAUGGUGACGUAGCAGCAAGUUACAACAACCUGGGAAUUGUUUACAGAAACCUUGGCCAGUACAGUGAAGCUAAAGAAUACUAUGAGAAGGCUCUCAUCAUUAGAAAAGAGAUUUACGGUGAAAAGCAUGGUAAAGUAGCAGCAAGUUACAACAACCUGGGAGCUGUUUACAGUGACCUUGGCCAGUACAGUGAAGCUAAAGAAUACUAUGAGAACGCUCUCAUCAUUAGAAAAGAGAUUUACGGUGAAAAGCAUGGUGACGUAGCAGCAAGUUACAACAACCUGGGAGUUGUUUACAGUGACCUUGGCCAGUACAGUGAAGCUAAAGAAUACUAUGAGAAGGCUCUCAUCAUUAGAAAAGAGAUUUACGGUGAAAAGCAUGGUGACGUAGCAGCAAGUUACAACAACCUGGGAAUUGUUUACAGUGACCUUGGACAGUACAGUGAAGCUAAAGAAUACUAUGAGAAGGCUCUCAUCAUUAGAAAAGAGAUUUACGGUGAAAAGCAUGGUGGAGUAGCAGCAGGUUACAACAACCUGGGAGCUGUUUACAGCGACCUUGGCCAGUACAGUGAAGCUAAAGAAUACUAUGAGAAGGCUCUAAUCAUUACAAAAGAGAUUUACGGUGAAAAGCAUGGUGACGUAGCAGCAAGUUUCAACAACCUGGGAAUUGUUUACAGUGACCUUGGCCAGUACAGUGAAGCUAAAGAAUACUAUGAGAAGGCUCUCAUCAUUAGAAAAGAGAUUUACGGUGAAAAGCAUGGUGACGUAGCAGCAAGUUAUAACAACCUGGGAGCUGUUUACAGAGACCUUGGCCAGUACAGUGAAGGUAAAGAAUACUAUGAGAAGGCUCUCAUCAUUAAAAAUGAGAUUUACGGUGAUCAACAUGCUUUGACUGAGCGAACAUUCCGCAACUUAAAGAUAGUUGAUAGGGAAAUAAGAGCUCGGACUGUUAAUUGCAUCAUUAUCUAA